AUGGCGCCAGCAGCGACGACGACCUCCGGCGGCAAGAAGCAAAAGAAGAAGUGGUCCAAGGGCAAGGUCAAGGACAAGGCCAACCACGCCGUCGUCCUCGACAAGGCCACUUCUGAGAAGCUCUACAAGGACGUCCAGUCCUACCGUCUCAUUACCGUUGCGACCCUGGUCGACCGUCUGAAGAUCAACGGCAGCUUGGCCCGCAAGGCUCUUGCCGAGCUCGAGGAGAAGGGCCAGAUCAAGAAGGUCGUCGGUCACUCGAAGCUGAACAUCUACACCCGUGCUGUCACCGCCGAGUAA